AUGGAUUACAUGUAUGUGAAACCAUCCAAUAUUCUCAUUGACUGUAAUGAUGGUGGUCAUGUGAAAUUAUGUGAUUUUGGUAUUUCUGGUCAAUUGGUCGAUAGUAUUGCUCGAUCACGUGAUGCUGGUUGUAAACCAUAUAUGGCACCAGAACGUAUUCAUCCAGAAUUAAGCGCUAAUGGUUAUGAUAUACGUUCAGAUGUAUGGAGUUUAGGCAUUACAUUAAUUGAAUUAGCGACUGGACAAUUUCCUUAUCCAACAUGGAAUUCUGUAUUUGAACAACUUACAUGUGUAUUACAUAAUGAUCCACCAAGUUUACCGGAAUAUUUACCAAAAUCAAUACAAACUUCAUCAUCUACUAUGACACUUGUUAAUGUUGAAUAUUUGAAUAAUUCUACCAAUACUACUAAUAAUAAUAUUAGUAGUAGUAUUAGUAGUAAUAGUAAUAAUAAUAAUCAUAACGAUGGUGUUCAUCAGUCAAAUGAAUCGAGUACAGAUUUUUCAAUGGAAUUUCGUGAUUUUAUUACAAAUUGUUUAAAAAAAGAUGUGAAAUGUCGACCGAAAUAUCAAGCACUUAUGCAUCAUCCAUUCUAUACACGAUCAUUAAAUGAAUCAAUUGAUAUUGGAAAAUAUUUUCAAUCAAUAUUCAAUCAAGUCCCACCACAAAUGAAUAUGAAUGAAUUUAGUCAAAAAUCAUAA